AUGUGGUUUUCUCAUCCUGAUUUCUUGAGAAUGGUGGAAGAUUCUUGGAAGUCUCCGGUUUAUGGUAAUUUGGAUUUUAUUUUUCCUUAUAAAUUGAAAAGGUUGAAGGAGGCAAUCAAAUUGGGGAAUCAAACGGUCUUUAGAAAUGUUAAUGCUAGGCUGAAACAAGCUCAACUUAAGUUUGAAGUGGCUUGUAGGAAUUCUGAUGAGGAUCCUUUAAAUACUUCUAAAUUGAACAUUAUGAAGGAUUCUCUGGUGGCGGUUCAAGAUGUUCGUAUGCAACAUCUUACUAUGUUGAAACAAAAGGCUCGUAAUAGGUGGAUUUUGGAGGGUUCUAGUAACACUUCUUUUUUUCACAUCAAUAUAAACAUUCGAAGGAGCGCAAAUACAAUCUCGGAGUUGGUUACUGAAGAUGGUGUGACUAUCUCAGAGCCUAUUCAGCUUCGUGACCAUGUGGUUUCUUAUUAUGAGUCGAAGUUCAAUGGUGUGGAGCUUCCUAUUGAGGAUAAUCUCUUUGAUUAUGAGCAUGAGUCCAUUUCUUUGACUGAAAGGCAGAUGUUGGAUGCCAUUCCUUCUUUGGAUGAAAUUAAAUCAGCAGUUUUUGAUUUAGGUGCGGAUAGUGCUCCGGGUCCGGAUGGUUUCUCAGGGUGUUUUUAUAGACAUUGUUGGGAUAUAAUUCAGCAGGAUCUUCAUUCGGCUAUUGUUUAUGCUUGGACUUCUAAGUCAAUUCCGAAGGGUUCGAAUUCUAGCCUAAUUAUUUUGAUUGCUAAGGUUAGAGGUGCGGAUAGCUUGAGGAAAUAUAGACCUAUCGGUCUAAGCAAUUUCUUCUUCAAGAUUUUCACUAAAAUUCUGGCUACUAGACUUGGUCGGGUGUUGGAUAAGUUAGUAUCAGAGGAGCAGAAAAUUCUGGAGUCAGCGCGUAUAUCUAUUCUUCUCAAUGGUAGCCCGGAAGGUUUUUUCAAAAUUAAUAGAGGGUUGCGUCAAGGGGAUCCUCUUUCGCCUCUUAUUUUUGUUUUGACUGAGGAUGUUCUUAGUAGAAACAUCACAAAACUAUUUCAAAACAAGGAUAUGUCUCACCUGGGAAAUAUGAAGAGCUUGAGAAGUUUGGUGAAGUUGCUAGAUUCUUAUCAGCAAGCUUCAGGUCAGCGUGUUUGUAGAGAGAAUAGCAAAAUUUACUUUGGUGGUGGCUCUUUGAGUAGACGUUAUACCAUUGCUGCUUUUCUAGGGAUGGAAGUUACGCAUUUUCCUGAUCGUUAUUUGGGGGUGAAAGUUAUGCCUGGUGCGGUGAGAUAUCAUCAUAUUAGCAAUGUGGUGGAUAAGCUUAAAGAGCAGCUUUCGGUUCUGAAAGUGGCCGGUGAAAUUCAUUCAGCAAAUCCUGUGGAGGAGGGUGGUCUUGGAAUCACUAGUUUAAAAACUAUGAACAAGGCUUUGCUUAUGAAGCUUUGGUGGUCUAUUAAAUCUUCUUCUAAGAAGUAG